AUGCUGGUAUACCGACCCUUGAAGCUGGAGGAAAUUCGCAGUGUGACUGGUCUUACCGAUCAAGAAGAUGCCAUCGAACUACUUGUGGAUCAAUGUGCUUCAUUCAUCAAGCUCCAUGAGAAUAAGAUCGAGUUUGUUCAUAAAUCUGCUCGUGACUUUCUGGCCGGAAAAUAUGCACAAUCCGUCUUCUUUUCCGGCGAACAUUUUGGCCCCGACGAAAUCGCACUCGGAUGCUUGUCAUAUCUGUCUGAAAGAUUGACGGCAAAUCUUGUUGAAUUAACACGACCUGAUUCAACACCAAAAUCUUUGAAAGGACUGAAGGAUGAGAGAGACAACGUUCUACUAGCUAGAGUGGACUAUGCAGCUACUUUCUGGGUGCAACAUCUCGAGGAUACCAAGAAACCCCUGGUUCCACAAACCAACCUCGCUCUGAUCGACACAGUCAUCAUAUUCCUCCAAACAAAGUUCUUGGAAUGGCUGGAAUGUGUGAGUCUACUAGGAAAGCUUCCACAGACCAUGGAAGCAUUGAAAACACUAGCAAACCUGGCAAAAGAUCACUCUUGCCUAUCCUCACUUGUGCAAGAUGCUACACGAUUUUUGUCACGACACUAUCACACUAUAGCGAAUUGGCCGCUGCAGAUCUACAGCUCUGCUAUCAUCUUCAGUCCCGAAUCAAGCAUUGUGAAGACGAAAAGCAUGAACAAAAUUCCCAUUUGGUUGCGAAAACCACCUAAAAUGGAGGAAAAUUGGUCAUCGCUGGUCCAGACUCUGAAAAACGACCGUGCCUCAGUCAAUACCGUGGCUUUCUCUCUAAAUGGCAAAUACAUUGCUUCUGGCUCUGAUGAUGAUACCGUGAAGCUAUGGGACUCUACGACGGGAGAUGUAUACAGAUCUCUUGAAAGCCACUCUAGCCGUAAAACUCUCAUAGGCCAUAUUGGCCCAGUUACAGCUGUGGCCUUUUCUGCAGAUGGCCAACAGAUCGCCUCUGGCUCUGAUGAUACCACUAUCAAGCUGUGGAAUCCUAGGACGGGAGAUCUCGAGAAAUGCCUAUCGGGCCAUUCCAGUCAAAUUACAGCUAUAUCAUUCUCUUCGGAUGGUAAACAGAUUGUCUCUGGUGCUCAUGAUCACACAAUCAAGAUUUGGGAUACUGCAACAGCCAAUGUUCAAAAGACUUUGGUAGGCCACUCUGGCCCCGUCACAGCUUUGGCCAUUUCCCUCGAUGGCAAACUGCUUGCCUUUGGCUCUUUUGACAAAACGACUAAGCUAUGGGAUACCGCAACGACCGAGCUGCAACAGACUCUGGGGGGCCACUCUGACUGGGUCAAUUCUGUGGCCUUUACUCCAGAUAGUAAGCAGAUCAUCUCAGGAUCUUCCGACGAAACUAUCAAGUUAUGGAAUACCACAAUGGUUAAUCUUCAGAAGCCUUUAGCACACCACUCUGGCGCAGUCACAGCCAUGGCCUUCUCUCUAGAUGGCAAAAACAUCAUAUCUGGAGAAGACUCUACACUCAAGCUUUGGGACGCAAUAACAGGAGAUCUCCAGAAGACCUUGAUCGGCCACUCUAAAUCGGUCACAGAUGUGGCCUUUUCCCCAGAUGGUACCGAGGUGGUUUCUAGCGCGUUUGAAAACGACAUCAAGCUGUGGGAUAUCAGGACAGGGAGCCAUCAAACCUUGGUAGGCCACUCUGACUGGGUCAAUACUGUCAAAUUUUCCCCAAAUGGGAACCAAAUCGCAUCUGGCGCUCGUGACAACACUAUCAAGCUCUGGGACUCCACAACUGGGACCCUUCAGGGGACUCUAGAAGGACACUAUCACCCAGUCACGGCUAUGGCCUUCUCUUCAGAGGGUGAUAAGCUCGCCUCUAGCUCAUCCAGCGCUAUCAGGCUUUGGGAUGUCACUAAAUCUCCGCAAGGCUCCAAACAUUUUGGGCGUACUUUCAGGAGCCUCUUGACGUCCCGUUCAUGUCAAGAAAUCAAAGAAAUCAAGACAUCGGAGAACAUAUAUACCAUCAAAUUCUCGUCAGAUGACCGAUGCCUCGCAACAAACAUAGGUCGAAUCAGUCUCGAGGAUCUCCCGAGGGGUGGAAGAAGCAUUGCCACGGAUUCUACUACGGAGCCCUUGGGAGAAAUUCACGUCAGGAAUCAGGGGAUAUGUCAUGAAGAGAUACCCUUCCUUCGGCUUCCAUCGGAUUUGGUCUCACAAUGUUGUAUUGUGCAAGGCGACCAGGUGGCCAUUGGAUUUCAAAACGGUCAAGUUUUACUUUUCGAGAUUGACCGAAGUCGCUUACGGUCCAUGUUGGAUAAUGACCCGGACGGUUUCACUAUAGUCAUGUCAUGUGAUCUCGCUGUCUACAAUUAUUAG